AUGGUAGAAACCCGGCGAGCUGUUGGUGGUCCGAGAAACAAGAAAGUUACACCGCCAGUUUUCUCGCAUGAAUUUAUCAUUCAAAAUCAUGGCGAUAUUAUGAGUUGCGUUUUGAUGGUUUUCAUCGUUGGACUCAUGUUUCCAUUAACAUCUUCGUUUGCCGGCGUUUUUAUUGCUCCACAAUACAACGAAACUCAACAAGUUGUUUUGGAUGGGAAUGGUAAGCUUUUAUACUUUAAAAAAUAAUUUAAAAUCAAAUGUAUUUGCAGAAUAUUCAUACAGUGGAUACAAGAACGGAAUUCUCGAUUUAGGAACUAUUUUCUUUUACACAGUUGCUUGGAUUGUUGUUCAUGCAAUCAUUCAAGAAUAUGUUCUCGACAAACUUCAAAGAAGAACUCAUCUUUCAAAAGUGUCCACUUUCAAAUUCACUGAAUCUGGACAUACUUUGGUGUUUGCGAUUUAUUCAAUUGUCCAUGCUUCUCAACUUGUUCAAGAAAUCUUUGUUGGUUUGAAUGAUUUCAAAAAGUGAGUUUUUUGAUUAGUAAACUGAUGAUUUUCAAAUAUGUUUGCUCUAUUCAGAAUCUGGAUCGGUUAUCCUGAUGAUCACCGUUUCAUGAGUGCUUCCUACAAACUUUUCUUCAUCUUCCAAAUCGCUUAUUGGCUCCAUCAAUUCCCAGAAUUCUAUUUCCAAAAACUGAAGAAAGAGGAAAUUCGCCAAAAGACUGUUGUUUCGAUUGUCUACACUGUUUUCAUCACCGCCGCCUAUUUCUUAAAGUAAGAAUUAUUUCUCAUUUGUUAGGUAAUAAUGGACAAUUUUCAGCUUCACCCGAAUUGCAUUAGUUUUACUCAUUUUGGAGUAUUCUGCUCAAGUCAUCUUCCAUUUUGCUCGUCUUACCCAUUAUUUGGAAAAGAAAUCAAUCUCAAAGCCAGUGUAAGUAUUUAGCUUCUAUUUGAGUCACAGAAAAAUUUAGAGUUUAGCCUAGAAUUGCAGGGGGACUAGGAUUCCUGAUUUUAUUGAUUUUUUCUCGAGAAAUAUUUUCGUUACUUCAUUUUAGAUCAUUCAAACUAAUUAAUUAAUUUUUCAGCUUCAAAGCUUGGAAUGUUGUGUUCGUUUUGGCUAGAAUUGGAUCAGUCAUCCUUUCAGUUAUGACUUUCUGGUAUGGACUUCGUCAAUCUGAAUUACCAUAUAUUGAUGCAUCAAUCGGAAACUUCAACACAACAUUUGUUCGAUUGAAUCUUCUUCUCUCAAUUGUUAUCCUUCAAUUGGUUCUCUUCUGGUCUUUCAUCUCAUUCCAUCUUGGAAGAUUCCGCGACACUGGAAAGAAGGACAAAAAACGCCCAGCAGCAGCACCAGCUCAACCAAAGAAAAAGAGAAAUGACGAAUCUGUGAGUUUUUUUUCCACGUCCCCAAUUUUUGUCUUUUUCUGGUAACUCCUACGUGUAAAAUAUAACAAUAAAAUGAAAUUUUUGCAGGAAUCGGAAGCUGACUCGAAAUCAUUGAAGAAGAAAAAUUAG